AUGUCCGAACAAGACAUUCAUCCCAAUAAAUACGGCGAGCUGCGAAGUAUCUAUAAAUACUACAUUGAUUCAUAUAUUGCUUUGUAUCAGCUGAAAACGGACAAGGAAGAAGAAUUAAAAGAAAUUUACAAAAUGAUCAAAACAGAAUUGAUUGAUUCGAAGAAAUACCCACCAAAAAAGAUUAUGGAAGAUAUUUUAAAUAUAAUUCCGUAUAAUAAUUGCUAUACGAAGUCAUAUUUAUCUCUUGCCAAACUCAUAUCUGAUGAUUACCAUAUCACAGAGGUCAACAGUGUUGAAACUAUUUCAAACUUCCUGUUUUAUAAAGAAUAUGGAAUUAAAUUAGACAAAUCCGUUGAUUUUGAAAAAAUUAAAUCAGAAAAUCUGGAUAUUCAUACAGAAAAUACAAUUUACAGAGCAAUUAUGUAUAAUGACUUAGAAACAUUUAUCUCAUUCACAGAAAGAUAUGGAUUUGAUAAAGAUCAAAAACUUGAAAGUAGUUUAUAUCCAAACUCUGACAAAGAGUAUUCAUUACUUGAAUUAUGUUGUUACCAUGGAGCAGUUGAUUACUUCAAGUUUUUAAGGACGAAAUUUAGCUCAGAAAUAACUGAAAAUUGUCUAAAAUAUUCAUUUUUAGGAGAAAAUCAAGAAAUCAUGAGUGAAUGUUUGAAAUAUCAUAAACCAAAUAAAGAAUGCAUGAAAUAUGCAAUUAUUUCACACAACAUUGAUUUUGUUUCAUUCUUGAUGAAUGAAUACAAUAUAAGGAUCAAUUUAGAUCAUUGUGCAAAGUAUAAUAAUCUUGAAUCAUUAUUAGUUUAUUUCGAUCAAACUAAUAAUGUUAACAAAUGCUAUAAUAUUUCGGUGAUUUUUAAUAUUCCAUCUCUUUGCGAAUAUUUCCUAUCAAAUGGUGCAAAUAUCAAUGCAAAAUAUAAUAAUGGACAAACCGCUCUUCAGAUUGCAUCAUGUUAUGCUGGAAAAGAAAUAGUCGAACUUCUUAUUUCACGCGGUAUAAAUAUCAAUAAAAAAGAUAAUUAUGGAAAAACCGCUCUUCAUAUUGCGGUACAAUAUAAUAGAAAAGAAAUAGCCGAAUUUCUUAUUUCACAUGGUAUAAAUAUCAAUGAAAAAGAUAAAAACGGAGAAACCGCUCUUCAUAUUGCGGUACAAUAUAAUAAUAAAGAAAUCGCGGAACUUCUUAUUUCACACGGUAUAAAUAUCAAUGAAAAAGAUGAAAAUGGAAAAACCGCUCUUAAUAUUGCGGCACGUUAUGAAAGAAAAGAAAUCGCGGAACUUCUUAUUUCACACGGUAUAAAUAUGAAUGAAAAAGAUAAAAAUGGAAAAACCGCUCUUAAUAUUGCGUUCCAAUAUAGUCAUUUGACAGAAAUUGAUAUUUAUACUCAUAUAUGA